UCCGUCGUGGAGGCCAAACCGCUGGAAGCGACCGUUGGGCCCGCGGGGGUGAAUGAAUCUCUGACUGCGGCUCCUCCUCUGGAGGCCGAGGCGCCUGUGCUUGUUGCGGCGGAGGAGUCCGCCGCGGAGGCAAAGCCGCUGGAAGCGACCGUUGGGCCCGCGGGGGUGAAUGAAUCUCUGACUGCGGCUCCUCCUCUGGAGGCCGAGGCGCCUGUGCUUGUUGCGGCGGAGGAGUCCGUCGUGGAGGCCAAACCCAUGUCUAUUGCUGUUGGUUCUGGUCAGAGGCCAGAAUUGACCGAAAGGAGAGCGCAGGAUGUGAAGCCUAUGCAGGUUCUUUCUGGUGUUGAUGUUGUUGCGCCUUCGCGUGGUGGUGGUGAGUCGUCUGUGCCGCGUCCGGUUAUUCUGAUGAAGGACAAUGCACGAGUGGUAAGUGCGGGGACCCGUGUGCUGGAUCGAGAGGAGGCGGGUUUUGCCGAGCCCAAGUCUGUAUUCGGUCUUAGUGCCCGUGAGGAGGAGGCUGGACGUGGUUCCCGCAGAGGUGCUGGGGCCCCGUCUCGGCUGUUCUCUGCGGUUUCAUUUGCCCCGAAUGUGAGUUCGGAGCGGCGCAUCUUUAGCGAAAUCUAUCCGGACCAGUCCUUCCUCCCUGGGAGCGACGUACGUCCGAUGGUGCUCGUUGGCAGGGCCCGCGUGCGUAACUUGACGUCUGCCACCCCGGAGCGGGGGGUGCGCUCCACAGAGGUGGUGGCGGGGGCGGUGGAGUCGUUGCCGCUUCUGAGCGCGGUGGAGGGGGGCGCGCCGCGGGGCAAGGGGCGGGCGUCGCGGUCACCCUCCUCCUCCGUGGGGGCCUCGCGUCGCGAGGUUCGCUUCGCCCCCGCCGUGCUUCCGCCAACGCCAACGCCAACGCCGCCGCCACCGGCGCCGCACCACCAGCGUCAGGCUCCCGUGCGCAUUCAGCGGCAGUAUGAGACGUGCCAGGGGCUGUUCACGUCGUGGAAUGACCCCGCGGUGAUGGUCCCGCGGCCGGUGCUGCGCCCACGCCGUGAGCGGGACGCGUCUCCGAAACCCCCGCCCUCUGAGCUUCCGCAGCUGCCAAAGCAUGGGGGGCGCUCGCCGCCGCGCCAGACUCAUGGCGGGCAGGAUCAGCCGCACCCGGCGCCGCGGAUAGCCCCGAACACGGUGAUGCCGCAGCCCACGCGAGCGGUGGAUGUGUCGGCGUUGCACCGGCGGCUGGGCGAGGUGGUGGCAAGGGUGGCGAAAGCGCGCACCCCAUCCCCGUCUGUGCGGCCGCAGCUGCAGCAGGCCAUGCAGUACCUGCUGCCGGCGGUGCCAACCAACCCCGCCCAGCGCGACGCGCUAUAUCGUCUGCGCAGGCAGCAGCGGAACGCCCCGCGUGUUCCACGGAGACCCAUCACCACAGAUCCGUCACGAUCUUUUUCCCCGCAAAGCAUGUCGAAGCGGCCGAUUCUCUACCCCACACUGACGCGUCCAACAUUCCCCACCACCAACGACCUCUCACAGACCGGGCGGUUUGUGGGAAACAGGAGUGUUUACUACUACUAG